UUCCCCACUUAACCAUCAACAUUUAUUAUAGAACCUACUUUUGAUUUUUCUUGAAUCUCUCUCUCUCUCUCUGAGUCAGUGUAUAGCCAUUGAAGGAAAUUAAAAAAAAAAAGCUUGAUCAAGCAAUGGUUCUUAUUGGUUUCUUCUUAAGAUUCAUUACCUUCACUCUGACUCUGACUCAGAUCGUUGAUGGGUUUCAGAGUCGAAUGUUGAUGCACAAUGGACUUGCUCUCUCUCCUCAAAUGGGAUGGAACAGCUGGAAUCAUUUUCAGUGUAACAUCAAUGAGACCCUCAUCAAACAAACCGCUGAUGCAAUGGUUUCUAGUGGUCUUUCUGCAAUAGGUUACAAGUAUAUCAACAUAGAUGAUUGUUGGGGUGAACUCAAAAGAGAUUCUCAGGGGAGUUUGGUUGCGAAAGCAUCGACAUUUCCUUCAGGAAUCAAGGCUUUAUCAGAUUAUGUUCAUAGCAAAGGGCUAAAGCUUGGGAUAUACUCUGAUGCCGGGACUCUUACCUGCAGCCAAACCAUGCCGGGCUCACUCGGGCAUGAAGAACAAGAUGCCAAAACAUUUGCCUCAUGGGGGAUUGAUUACCUGAAGUAUGAUAACUGCGAAAAUACUGGGACAAGUCCAAGAGAAAGAUACCCUAAGAUGAGCAAAGCUCUGUUAAAUUCAGGAAGAUCCAUAUUCUUCUCUCUGUGUGAAUGGGGACAAGAGGAUCCAGCAACUUGGGCAGGAGAUAUUGGCAACAGUUGGAGAACAACAGGAGACAUCCAAGAUAACUGGAAAAGCAUGACCCUGAUAGCAGAUCAAAAUGACCGAUGGGCAUCUUAUGCAAGACCAGGAUCGUGGAACGAUCCAGACAUGCUUGAAGUGGGAAAUGGAGGGAUGACUAAGGAAGAAUACAGGUCGCAUUUCAGCAUCUGGGCAUUGGCAAAAGCUCCUCUGCUGAUAGGGUGUGAUCUUAGAUCGAUGGACAAUGUUACCUUCGAGUUGCUUAGCAACAAAGAGGUGAUUGCUGUUAAUCAAGACAAACUUGGGAUCCAGGGAAAGAAAAUCAAGAAAGAUGGUGAUCUUGAGGUAUGGGCAGGUCCGCUAAGCAAGAAACGAGUAGCGGUCAUCCUAUGGAACAGAGGAUCAGUAUCUGCCAAAAUCACAGCUCGAUGGGCUGACAUUGGCCUUAGUUCAUCAGAUAUUGUUAAUGCUCGUGACUUAUGGGAGCAUUCGACACAUUCACGUGUUAAAAAUCAACUCUCUGCCUUAGUGGAGCCUCAUGCCUGCAAAAUGUAUACUCUUACAAGACGCAAGGCAUAAGAUCCAGCUCUACUGCAACUAAAGUUAUGGAAGUAAAACCAAAAGAUUUUACCAAGUCAUCUUCUAGCCUGAUUUUGUAUCUACUAUGCUGAAUAUGAGAUGCCAGCAUCAGAAAUACUCAAUCCAAGUUACAUUAUAAUAAGAAUAAUUUGAGUUUUGGCAAAUCA